AUGAAUGUCAAUCUGCAGAAUAUGGCUUUAGAAGUUUUUAACGUAUGUGCCAGCAAUGGUAUUUCCUUGGAACCAACCUGGAUUAGUAGAGAUAAGAAUAUUACAGCUGAUGAGCUCAGCAGAUUAUUAGAUUACGAUGAUUACGGUUAUUUGUUUGAAACAAACAGAUGGAAUGAUGUCAAAAUUCAAGCCAGUCAUUUCAAUACAGAUCUGUUCUCAGCAGUGCAACAAGUGUGCAUGAGGGGAAAAGAACCAUCUACCACACGUAGCUAUUUUCAAGCUUUCAAGAAGUUUAGAGAAUGCCUUCAUAGUUUCCGUUCUGGAGGUGCCAGUACUUCAGCUAAUAACAAUACCUCUGAGCGGUUAUGGCAGAGACAUGGCAGGUGGAAAUCCUCCGCGGCAAGGGAUGGGUUACCAGUUUUUCAAGCGCCAAUAUGCCUGAUAAGCAAUUCGGAAGAUGGAAAACUGCAAGUGGAACCAGAGCCUCUGAAGCAGAUACAGCAAAUAGAUGUACCGUUGGUGGUGGUGGCUAUAGCGGGGCUUUACCGGACUGGAAAAUCCUAUCUUUUGAAUAGGUUAGCCGGCUCAAGCUCAGGAUUUCCUCUGGGAAAAACAAUCGAGUCUAAAACCAAAGGAAUUUGGGUGUGGUGCCGAAAACAUCAAGAGAAACCAAAUACGGUCCUGUUGCUGCUUGACACAGAGGGUCUAGGGGAUGUGGCGAAGGGUGACAGUGGCCAUGACAACAGGAUUUUCACCGUAGUAACGCUAUUAAGCAGCGUGCUUGUGUACAAUAUGAUGUCUGUUUUCAACCAAGACGCAGUAGAAAAACUAACGAAUCCUUUAGAGUUUCUGUUCCUGGUUAAUGUUUGAUAUAAUAAAUGACUCUCGGGUCCGUAUGCAAGUUGCGUUGUAUAGUAAGACUCGAAACACUUUUACUGGUCCACAGUAUGAUUUCAAAUAACUGUUCUAAUAUGCAAGACUGGACGAUUGAUAGACUUGCUUCUGUUUAUCAUAUUAAGCUACUGUAUAGCUACUGUGCAGUACAUAGAUUGCAUGUGAUAUUUUUCAUCUUUAUAGCAAACCAGUUC